AGUUUAUUGAGAAAAGCAGGUAUCCGGCUAAAGCGGCCAAAGUUUAACAGGGUAUAGAUCAACGGGACUGUGCAUCGCAGGGAGUGAAUCUCACUGGGAAAAUGGCCAUGGAUGUGAGGCGAAACUCAGAGGUGAGUGGGUGGUUUGCAGGCAAGCAUGACUGCCAACAAGAGUUCGAAGGCUGCGCCUCAUGCUGGAGGGGGUAAAGUUCCCCUGGACGUACCCGACAGGUGCCAGUCUACAUCCCCGCCUCCUAUUCUUUCUGCCAGUCAGGGGCGGUGCCAGCGCCCUCUGCACAGUGACAGUGAGAACUCUGGAAAGCAGAGCAGAUACGUCAGGACUGACGGCAGGUUCCUUGGACAUUCUGGCUGGAGUGGCAAGACCACCACCCUGUGCAGUGGGGUCCCUCUAUCUGACAUUGACUCCCACAGCCGCCUCACCAAAUCCAAGAGCAUCAGUUGCUUGGAUAACAAGCUCUCCAUCUUCAAGCCCUCAGCUCCAGUCCAGGUGUGUCAGGAAAGCCAAGGCAACCAGGAGCAGAAGGACACUCAGAAUCAAGGAGAUCUAUCUUGGAAUGAGGGACUUAAUGGUAGACCCCUGAGCUGGAGCACGCUCUCUCUGGGACCCUCCACUAACCAAGGCCACAAGCGCACCCUUUCUCUCACUCGUCCAGUAACGGGUGUUCCCCCCACCACUAUCCGCAAAAAGAUCUCAGAAUGGGAAUGUAGGAGGGUGGCUCUACCUAGGAUGAGCUUGUGUCUAGAAAAAAGGCCAGAGCGUGUAGGGGGUAGCGAGGGCUGCCCCAGCAUGCUCUCUUCUCCUUGUAGUGAGAAGACUUUCGACCUAAAGGGGAUUCGCAGGAUGAGCACGGCAUUCUCAGAGUGCUCCUACACAGAGACGGAGGAAGAGGAAGCAGUUUCAGACAAAGAGGGCCUGGGACGCUUCCAGAAAAGGAUGGGCAAGACAGAGGCCUCAGGACCAUUUUCACGUUCCCUGUCUGCUCGGAAGGAGACAUCGGCGGUCCUCAAUAGGAUACAAAAGAUAGAGCAGGCCCUGAAGGAGAGUCCCACCCCAACCCCCCCACGUUAUCUGAAUAACUGCUAUGGUCCAGACAAGACAAAACAAAGGUCUUUCAUGAUAGGUGGGACAGACGACUUGGACAGUGCAUGCACCAGUAAGCGCAGCAGUAUUUGCUCAGUGGCCACCGAACCAGACACUGUUUUGGUGUCUGAUAAGCUCUCUAAACUCAGACAGAGGUUUAGUGUGAGCUCCUUGAGGUCUGAGAGCCCAGAGCCAGCCAGCCCACAGAGCACUGGGGGUACACCAGUCAACCCUCUGCCUAAACCCAAACGCACUUUUGAGUAUGACGCCAACCGAAGCCAGAAGGGUGUGUUGUCAGCCAAUGGACUACCUCCAAACAGAGCCUCUGAAUCCCCCCCGCCCCUGCCCUCUACCCCUGCACCUAGCGUGACACGGACGGCAAAGACUGAGGGAAGCACCCCCGCAAGACUCCAGGACAGGGAGUCGUGUGAGUCGGAAGAUGCAAGCCUGCCCUCCUCAUAUCCAUCCUCACCUACAGAGAAUGGCACCGUAUCCAGAGAGUCACGGAGUCAGCCCAAUUCCAAAAGCACUUUAGAGGAGAAUACCUAUGAGGACAUAGUAGAGAAGGAGAACCCAUAUGAGGAUGUUGACCCAAGGGGAAGGAGUUUGGGUCGGAAGUCUUGUCUAUUACCAGAGAGCAGCAGAUCCUGGGCUUCCAUGGACAGGAAACUGAGCUCUCCACCCCAGCUGCCUUCCAAACCCAGUAGCCAGUCGCUACGCCUCUCUGGUCCCAGUGACAGGAAGAGCCACCGGACAUUACAGCUGUCCAAACGCCACAGUCACGAUGACAUGCUGCUUCUACCCCAGGUCGGUGUAUCUCCCUCACCUUGUGGCCUCCUUGAUGAUAACCUGGGCCGCACCAGUGAUACUCUGACAUCACAUAGGCACUGGCGAAUCCCUAAGCUGGUCCAGAGAAUCAACUCCAUUUACUGCACUAAACGUGGGAAGAAGAGACUGAAGAAGCUGUCCAUGUCCAACAUUGAGACUCCUUCUCUGAGAGAUGACAACAGUGAGAGUGAAAGUGAUUCUGAUGACCGGUUCAAAGCUCACACCCAGAGGUUGUUGAAACUGCAGUCCAUCCUUCGACGAGCGCCUAGCUACCGCACACUGGAGCUGCAGCUCAUCGAGUGGCAGGAGAGAGAGCUCUUUGAGUAUUUUGUGGUGGUGUCCUUAAAAAAGAAGCCUGGCAAAAACUCAUACUCUCCAGAGGUCACCUAUCAGUUCCCCAAGCUAGAGAGGCCCACCAAGCAGAUGAGAGAGGCAGAGCAGAGGCUCAAAGCCAUUCCUCAGUUUUGUUACCCAGAUGCAAAGGACUGGAACCCUGUGUCUGAGUACACCAGUGAGACCUUCUCCUUCAUGUUGACUGGAGAGGAUGGCAGCAGGAGGUUUGGGUACUGCAGGCGCCUGCUGCCGAGUGGGAAAGGACCUCGACUUCCAGAGGUGUACUGUGUCAUCAGCCGGCUAGGUUGUUUCGACUUGUUCUCCACGAUCCUGGAUGAAGUGGAGAGGCGGAGAGGCAUCUCAGCAGCCCUGGUUUAUCCCUUCAUGAGGAGUCUCAUGGAGUCGCCCUUCCCUGCACCAGGGAAGACCAUCAAAGUGAAGACUUUCCUGCCUGGAGCAGGAAAUGAGGUCAUAGAGCUGAGGCGGCCCAUGGACUCCAGGUUGGAGCACGUCGACUUUGACAGUCUGUUCAGUUGCCUGAGUGUGCGGCAAGUGAUCCGUGUGUUUGCCUCACUGCUGCUGGAGCGCAGGGUGAUCUUUGUGGCUGAUAAGCUCAGCACCCUGUCCAGCUGCAUCCAUGCAGUGGUGGCGCUGCUCUACCCCUUCUCCUGGCAGCACACCUUCAUCCCCGUGUUACCAGGCUCCAUGGUGGACAUCGUCUGCUGUCCCACACCCUUCCUGGUGGGGCUGCUGUCCAGCUCGUUGCCCAAGCUCAAAGAGUUGCCUGUAGAAGAGGUUUUAAUGGUGGACCUGGGAACAGACCGCUUCAUCCGCCAGAUGGAGGAUGAGGCCUCGCUGUUGCCGCGGAAACUUCAGUCAGCUCUUGAACAAGCGCUGGAGCAGAGGAAUGACAUCAUCAAUCAGGAUUCUGACAGCGAGUCAGACGAAGAGUACAACACGUUGAACAGCCUGGUGUCAGAAGCCUUUAUCCGCUUCUUCCUGGAGACCAUCGGCCAUUACUCCCUGUUCCUCACUCAGAACGACCGUGGCGAGCGCGUUUUCCAGCGGGACGCCUUCCGCAAGUCCGUCGCCUCUAAAAGCAUCCGUCGCUUCUUGGGUGUCUUCAUGGAGUCUCAGAUGUUCACGGGGUUCAUUCAAGACCGUGAGCUCAGGAAGUGCAGAGCUAAAGGGCUCUUUGAGCAGAGGGUAGAACAGUAUCUGGAGGAGCUGCCAGACACAGAACAGAGCGGGGUCAACAAGUUCCUCAAAGGCCUUGGAAAUAAAAUGAAGUUUCUCCACAAAAAGAGCUGAGGGACAUUUGCUACUGUACUCAAUCAUAUACCAGCAUGUCACGUCUUGUUUGACAGCGUACUGCAAACCGAAGACCUGAUGUCUCAAGUCUCCGUAUCAUGAUGACUUUCACUCUUUUGUCUGACAAUUUUCUUUUUUUUUUGGUUUAAAUGUGUACAUAUUUCAGUGUAAGCUGGCUGUGAUACUCUGCGAUGUGGAUUAAUUGUUAAGUGCAUAUAGUACCUUACGAGGCUAGUGACAGUAGGACGGUACAGAGUGAGUGAGCCAUAGAGUAACCACUGAUGUCCAGGUAUGCUUGAAUCCAGAAUGUGUGAGUGAAUGUGACUCGAUAUGGGCAUAGAUGUACAGUUCGUAUGUUUGAUUUUGCAUUGUUUCACAUCGGUGAUGUCCUCUGUUUAAGGAGUGUAAAGCCUGUUUGACCGACUGGCAGGAAUUGUACAUGCGUCAAGAGAAUGAAGAAAAUGAUUGUAAAUGUUAAAACGUACAGUCUUUUGCAAUCUUUUUGUUAAAAAAACAAACAGUAAUUAAAGAUGCUUCA